ACCCCUCUCCUCCCGCUUCACUCCGCUGGCCAUGGCGGAAACCCUCGUGGGCCUCCGUCUGGGCGCCUCCGCGGUUCCGCAUCCACGGGGCAACCGACGCCCCUGCGCCGCCGUGCCGGCCCACCACCGCCUCCCCCAGCUCCGGCGCGGCCGGCUCUGCGCCCGGGCGGCGGUCACGGGCGCGCCGGAGGUGGACGAGGACGAGGCCAUGAGCAUCGACAACCUCUGCAGCUUCUUCGACCUCAACGUCGGCAAGUGGAACGGCGUCUUCUACCAAUUCGAUGCGCACGGGAGGGUGCAGCAGGAGAUCAGCACGCGCCUGUCCGCCAGCACCUACGGAGAGGGCGACCUCAUCAGCCUCAUGCAAUCGCUGUAUAUCAAGCAGGCAUCGUCCGGGAUAACAUUUGCAGACGAGGAGGAUCCUGAACCGGAGUGGGCGGAGUACAAAAUCAAAGAGACCAACAUGUUCACUGUAGACAAAUAUCAGCAGAUUGGGUUCUUCCCUGACCAGAAGGCAUUUGCGUUGAGAUAUCAGACCGCUGGAAUGCUGGAGACUGUCCUUCGAGCCGGUGUGCUCGGAGAUGAUGAUACUGGUGAAGAGUCCCCCAAAAACUUGAAGCUUCCUUCUCGUAAACCAUCUAUUGUCUGUGAGAAUUGUAUUUACUCUCUUGAUGGCAAUGGCCGGGUAAGAGCUUUCCACAUAAUGGACCCUAAGGGGGUGCUCGAUACACUUAUUGUUUUUCAUGAAAAUCAAGGCACCGUAUUACCACUCGCCGACUCUUCAAGUAAUGAUCCUGAGAUUCCCAGCAACGAUAGGAUAAAUGCCCUGCUUGGAAGGUGGGAGGGCCAUUCUGUGACAAAGAGGAGUGGGGUGUAUGGAGCAACACUCGAUGAGGCUGAUACGGUUGUCCUUCUUGAAAUGGACAACAAUGGUCAGCUGAUUCAGGAUAAUAUAUCAACAAAAACCGGAACUAGCACGACAACAACGAUCCACUGGACAGGAGUAGCGAAUAACAACUUGCUUCAGUUUGAUGGAGGAUAUGAGAUUACUUUGCUACCUGGAGGGAUGUACAUGGGAUAUCCAUCAGACAUCAGCAAGUGCAUUGAGCAGUUAGAUCCUUUUAAUUUGGAGUUUUGUUGGAUGGAAUCGCCAGGAAAGAGGCAGCGGCUCGUGCGGACCUUCGACUCGGCUGGUCUGGCUGUGUCGUCGACCUACUUCAUAGAGACCAAAGUAUGAGUCAGUGAGUCAGAGCUAUUCUUUGUACAAAAUGUAAUGCACCAAUUCUGUGAGCUUUCAAGUAAUCUCACUGGCUAGUGCUGUUGUACAUUGUUCAAUACACUAUAGAUGAAUAUAUAUAUAUUGUUUCUA